UGGGGAGUGGGUAGUCAGGAUGGAAAAGGCUCGCCCAUGGACAUUUCACUAACUUGCCCUUUCCCAUCUAUGAGCAGAUCAAGUUUUGCCCUCGCCUUUGUAUGGUCCUCUACAUAGUGCUUGAGGUGCUUGUCAUGGUGGACAAUUGGGAGAUGGUAGAUAGCAAUCACCACGAGGCUUACUUAACUGCUACUUUUGAAUUCUUGCCAUGUGACUUCAUGGGCAUGAACACAAUUUUGUGGGCUCCCAAGUUAUUUUAUUCCCAACUGUUGCAACCAAUAUGCUCCAUCAGUGGUGUAAGACUAUCCAACUAGGUGGAGGAGAUUGAAAAACUGAACAAAGGUGAUUAUUUGGUGAGCAUUGUCUUUUGUUUGCAUAAACGGGCUGUGAGGUAGCUCUCCCAGUUGAGAUACCAGAGCUUAUGGUUUUCAAAGAAAAAAUAGAGGUUCUUAAAAAUCACUGAACCAAUUGAGUUUUAAUGACAAUCCAGCAGUUACAUAAAUAAUUUGGAAUGAAUAUCCAAUCUAAAUAAUUGAAUUUAAACUUCUGCCACAAAGGAAUUAGAAUUAAAAUCUGCUUCAUUAGCUCAGGCUUCUGGAUUACAAGCCAGUGACUAGCAUUCUUCCUGAACCAUGAUUUCCCUUCCAUUAAUGGUGAACAAAGCCCCAGAAUUAUCUCAUCUAUUUCCUGCACCUCUGCUCUCACUCCCUUCCAAGACAGAGCAGACCUUUCAGUUCUUUAUUUCCACCACACCAGCCUCUGCUUUCACAGGUGAUCUUUCGAAAUUUCUGUCAACUUCAAUAAGAUUUCACAAAGCAUACUCCUUGUCCCUCUACUUUCAGCAUGUCAUAGAAAUGCUCUCCCCGACUCCCACACUGGUCUAGAGACUUCCAUUCUGGUUCCAUCCUUCGGCUUAAAGCAGCAUCUGCAGUUUCUUCCUACAUAUUCCAUCCUGGAAGUCUCUUCCAGGAGAGACUUCUCUUUUUCAUCCUGACUAUCCACUCCCCAUCUUACAACACUUUCCUAUGCAAAAACAAGAGAUGCUUCACCGUCCUUUCAUCUCAUUUCCCACUAUCCAGGGAUCCAAGAAGGUGAUGCAGUGUUUCACUUGCACUUCUUUAAAUCUGGUUUACAGCAUUUGGUGUUCCCAACAUGGUCGUAAUUCAAUGAAGAAACUAAAGAUUUCUCUUCCAGAGAUUGCGUGAUCACUUUACUAAGAACCUUUUCUCACCCCUUGGAGUGACCCCAAGGUUCUGGGUGCCUCUCCUUUCUAUUUGCCAUUGUACUUCCACUAUGACCUUUCGGCCUGUGGCUCCUACACCGGUUAGAAAAAGAAGAACGCAAGGCUGAAGAACAACACCUCAUCUUCCCUCUGAGCACAUUGCUAUCUUCAUGACUUGACAUCAAAUUCAGGCAACCAGGAAAUGGAUAGCAGAUGCAAUAUCAUUUAACAAAAAAAAACAUUCAAUUGACCCCUAUUUUCUCCUCCACUAGACUCCAUGUUAAAUGAACCAUGCUCUGCAAUUUCUGUCACCCCAGAACAGGAUACAUUGGUUCACUGUUCCUUCUCAAUGAAUACUCACUUUAUCUCAUGACACCUUACUGAGCAGCACAACAUUUCCCUCAUACAUUCUGUGGCCACAAACACCCUCCAGGUCAAGCAAUGAUUUACUUAUGUCAUGGUAUACCGUGUCCAUUCAGUAUACCAUGUUGUGCUCAUAAUGCAUUAUGGAAGCAAACACAAGUUGAAUGAUUUAGCUGCCUGUCACAUUAAUACUCCAAUUUCACUUCCACUUCUGGCACUCCAAUGAAUGAAGCGCAGCACAAGCAUGAGGAAGAAUCACAUCUUCAGAAUAGGUGCAUUGCAAGCUUCUCAAUUCAACAUUUAAUUUAACAAAUUCAAAUAAUCAGCUAUUCCUGACUGCUAUCUCACAAUAUUAGGAUUCACCUUCUAUCCCCACUUCUUUCACACAUCUAGUAAUUUCAAAUCUUCUGCAAGUUACACUGCUCCAAACUUCCUUUUGUUAGUUAUUCAACUUUACUGCACCCCUUUUACUAGUUCCAUCACAACGUGUCAUUCAACCUCAUAUCCACCACCCUAUUGCUUUCCUUUCUUUUAGUUCUCUGCCUCCUACCCUUUUAUCUCCAAUUUAAUACUUUUGUUAUUUAACUGCCCCAAGCUCUGAUGAAAGCUCAGUGAACUAAAAUAUUUUUUUCUCCAUAAAUACUAACAGAUCUGGUGAAUAUUUCCAUUUUGUGUGACCACACUCAAUGUUGGUUGUUGUAAUACAAUGGUUAAUGAGAUUAGAUAUGAAAGUGGAAUGGCACAGCAGGCUUGAGGUAUGACCUACUCCUGCUCCUAUUUAUGUUCUUCUUAACUUGACGCAAUGACAUUUGUAGUUGAUGUUGCAGUCAAUUAAAAAAACACAUGGAAAACACAAGGAAAUUUGGGCCUGAACCACUAUUCCCUUCUUUACCAGACUCUCUUCAUCACACAUCAGCUGUGAGAUACAUCAUUUGAACAAAGCAGAUCAAGUUUGGCAUUUGGAUGGAAAGACAACACAUGCACUUUAGCACAACAAAAGUUGAAUCUCUUAAAAGUUGAUUAAAAAUGUGAACUGAAGUUACAAUUUGGCAUAGUGGUGGCACAAUUAAAGAUGCUGCAACUCCACUCCAGCAACAUAGAUUUGAUUCUGAUUUUGGCCCUCUUCUUCCCUUAACAGUGUGAGCUUCCCUGGGUACUCUGGUUUAUUUUUAUGUGCUAAAGACACACUAGUAGGUUAAGUGCUUCUAGUGUUUGUGGUGGCAAGAAAACUGGGAGUUGAAAGGCAUAUAGGAAAAGAUAGGAUACAUAGAUACAAGUGAGGGAAUGGUAAUCAUAGGAAAGGUUUGAGAGCUGGCAUAGGCUUGGUGGGCAAGUACGAAUUGGAGAAUGUUUUAAUGUAAACCAAGAAUCAUCAGCUUUCACCUUCUACUUGACCAUUUGGUUGUAAAUGGUCAAGAUCGGUCAUUUAAAACCAAGAUGACUCAUGCAGAUUGUGUCACGUAACAUCAUUAAGUACCAGCAAUCUGCCCCUUUACCCAGGAUUAGAUACAAGAGAACCUGAUCACCCUCAAAGAAAAUUGAACCCAAAUGCCAAUAUGUACUUGUACCAGAAGACAGCAAGUGUUAGACAUCUACUUUUCAAUUGUAUUUGCAUAUCUUAGAAGAUGUGAAAUCACAAACAUAUGGGUGUAAAGAUAAACUGCAAAAUAUUCUGUGUCUUAGACUUUUAAACAUAAUUACUCUAUAAUCAAUUACUACUUUUAACUUGAGCUCCAAGAUGCAAUUGCAAUCUCAAUGCAAAAUACAUUCAUAAAGUUAAUUGCUUACACUACCAUCUGUCAGUGCAGUUGGCAUUAAUGCUGCAAAUGCCAUCUUUCACAUUUCCUUUUAAUUUGGUAUUUUUUGCUCUAUCGUGAUGCAACCUUUGGUGUGUACUGCUCUGGGCUUUUGCUGCAGUGCAACAUCGCGAACACCAUAGCAAAUAACAUCACUUCUAACAAACUCUGCACCUGAAUUUUUUAGAAAUAUUUAUUGGUCCUUUAUUUCCAAAAUUACCUGACAGAAAUUCAUCUACAACCAUCUUGACUAUAAAUCCAAUAGUACAGGCGAGGUAUCAUAAUCAAUGAAAUCAACUAUUAAAUAAAAUACAACAAGCCCAAGAUCCAUUAUUACGGUUUAGUGCAUACUAUUGAUGACAAAAUUCUAACCACAGGUAAUUUUAUACCAUGCUCAAUGUUCAAUAAUUUGAGCACAGCAAGAUAAGUGCUGUUCACAAAGCAUUACAACUGAAAGUUUUCCAAAAUUGUAUUUAUUGCCAAUGUGAACAUUUCUUUUUGCUUUGGGAUGGCCUAUUCUGCUGUAUGAUUUUACCAAGUUGGAUGCAAAACAAAGCAUUUCACUGUACCUAGGUACAUGUAUCAAAGUAACAUUAAACUAAAUCAAAUUCAUGGACAUGCCUUCAUUUUCAAACAGAAUUAGCUGCAGCUCAUUUUACAACAUUGUCGACUGAGAGGUCUAUGUUGGAAACUUGCAGUGGUAUUCAUGGUUGGAAAUUGUGAAAGAUUCUGAUUAAUAUCAAGUACUUUACCAGAUGUGAAAUUAAUGACUCAGAAACUUCUAGAAUUUGAAUUUAAAUACUUAUAAAUUAGAGAUACUGAAGUUCCAUGAUGAGAACAUUCAGAGAUAUUGCCAAUUGUAUUCACCAUUAUUCAUACUUAUUUAUCUGGACACAAAGUUUGGUAAACCUGCUCUACUUGUCCAAUAUUUUUUCAAUUCUUAGAACAUGUCAAAGCACUUCAAAGGCAAUAAAUUGUCUCUGAAGCAUGCUCACUGCUGUAAUUUAAGAAAAGGAGACAGUUAAUUAAAAUACAUCAAGAUUUCAUGUACAACAAUAAGAUAAAUGACCAGAUAAUUGGCUGAAUGAUAAAGCUUUUUAACUCGACCAGAAUUAUCCUGCUCUUCCUUAAAUUUUUCACAACAUCCUUCUGGGGUAGCCAGGCUUUAGUUUAAUGCUUUUCUUUUCUUUUCCGCUUUAUUCAAAAGAAGGCAAUUCUAAAUGCAGCAUUUGCCAAGUAUGUUCAUGAAGUAACAGAUUAUGUUCAUAAGUGAAUGGAAGGUACCUUGAACCUACAAUAUACAAUAGGUGCAGGAGUAGGCCAUUCGGCCCUUCGAGCCAGCACCGCCAUUCAAUGUGAUCAUGGCUGAUCAACUCCAAUCAGUACCCCGUUCCUGCCUUCUCCCCAUAUCCCCUGACUCCGCUAUUUUUAAGAGCCCUAUCUAGCUCUCUCGUGAAAACAUCCAGAGAACCUGCCUCCACCGUCCUCUGAGGCAGAGAAUUCCACAAUGUUGAAAUCAAUAAGCAGGAAUGCUACUAGUCUAUUCACUGGGGAAUGAAAUUUCAGAAAAUAUUAAUUCAGAUGGUUUUUGGCCAUAUGUAACCAUAUCCGAAAUCGAUUAAAGGAUGAUUGGAAGUUAAAAUACAUGAUAUUCUGAGAACAAAACUCAUAGAUUCAUUAAUCCUGCUUUAUUAAGUUUCCAUGAAUGUCAUCCAACAGUAAGAGGACCAUAACAUAUUUAAUCCACCACCUUGCCUUUUUGGUAUUAAAUGCAGCAUCCUAUAAUUCAUUCCACGGUUUCAAAGAGAGCAGAUGAUUAAAAAGUGACCUUUGUUGAAAGUGAACUCGCAGACUUCAAGGUGGGGCAAGAUAAAGGUUUAGUUGCAUAGCUAUUUACUGUUCCUUCUUCAGUUACGAUCAGUUCUGUAGUUACUAGAGGGCAAUGUGUCUGCAGAAUUUUACAGCAGCAAUGCAGAAAUAGAAUAGAUGAUGAAGGGAAGAGUUUUAGCAGUUGUACGUUUGAAAAUAAAAGCAUUAAGCCACAAUACAAAAUUAGCUGGAAGCAUCUAAACAUGUUAAGGAUUACAUGAAAAUAAUACUCCAGUUUAGCAUACAUCCUCAAUACAGAUUUCAUUAGGUAAAAUCUUGUGGGGCCAUUUUAAAGCUGUUGUGCCUUAAUGUUUAAAAUUGAUGUCAUAUUAAAGGUUACAGACAGAGCUAUCACUCAUGAAAUGCAGUAAAAUUCCACGCAAAGCAAUUUCGAUUUCUUCAUUCUAGCAUCUUUAGGAAUGCUUUCAGAUCAGUAUUUUUGUUUUACAUAUAAACAGCACAGUGUAAUUUAAAAUAGGGACAACACCUUGCAGAAUAUAUCAAAAAUAUUAAAAUAUUCAACCAAGCAACUUGAACCUGAAAACAUUUUUAUGAUAGCUGUAUUACCUUUUUCAAAGGUAAGCUAAUUGUUUUAUUUUAAAAAUGAUUUGGUACAAGGCAAUUAAUGAAAUAAGAAUAGGUUAUAAUUCUCCUGUUAAGCACAGCUUUAGACAAAUUAUUUACAAUACUUUCCCGUUUUAUUUAUUAGUCAUUUUCGAUGCUUCAAUGUCUGUUCAUCCAAUUUGCAGACUGCAUGCAGCAUGAAGCUCAUCAUCAUGCUACUGAAAAGCCUGAAAACAUUGCACGUCACAAGCUUACGCCAGCCUGCCACCAAUCUGCAAGUCUGCGUUCUUGCAGCACCAGCACAGCAUUCCGUUCCAAAGAAGCUUUCAGUCAAUGUGUUCACACCGCUAGCUAGUCUCUGCACAAGUACUUCAUUACCAUCAACAAGUUAAGGACAGGACCACCAGCUGUGCAGCCGAAGGUUUGGGCUUCAAUUAAGCAAUUGAAUGGACAAGAGAAGGAAAUGUUUGUUUUCAUUCAUUCGCGAGAAAAAUUGCUAUAGUACUGAGCCAGUGGAAAUCAAAGCAGGGCAAGAGCAAAGCUUUGGGAGGAAACGCUACAGCUGAGAUAGGUGAAGAAUUACUAUGGCAUUUUUCUUUUUGCCUCCAACUGGAGUACUCGUCAUUGUCUUAUGUAAAAGCAAAUAGAAAUCCCUUUGUAUUGUGUCCUUUCAAAAGCUGCCUCUUCCACUGGAACUUCUUUCCAGCUCACUGCUCAAGUCGUCUUAACGGAAGGAUAGUUGAAUGCAGUCUCCAAUGUGCAGGAGAGAAUGGGUUUGCAUUCGAAGUGGCCAUUGGGGGGGCCAACAACGGUGGCAUUGUGUGUGAUGAGCAUGUUGUUGAAAAUGCUGCCUGCCUCAAGCGCAGCAUGUCCACAGAAAUGCAGAUGCGAAGAGCUGCUCUUUUACUGCGAUUCUCAAGGUUUUCAAGGAGUACCCGAUAACGUCUCCCAUGGGUCUAUUGGCUUGUCACUCAGGCACAAUAGUUUUUUUGAACUGCAAAACGAUCAGUUUACAAGCUUCAGCCAACUUGCAUGGCUCUAUUUAGAUCACAACCAGAUUUCUGUUAUUCAAGAGGACGCUUUCCAAGGACUGUAUAAACUCAAAGAAUUAAUCCUCAGUUACAAUAGAAUUGUGCGUCUGGCAAACAUCACGUUCAGCCAGCUGAUUAACUUGCAGAACCUGGACCUGUCAUUUAAUCAAAUUACAUCUCUACAACCAGAGCAAUUCCACAGCUUACGGAAGCUUCAGACUCUACAUCUACGUUCCAAUUCACUAAGGACCAUUCCCAUAAGGGUUUUCUGGGACUGCCGAAGCCUGGAGUUUUUGGAUAUAAGCAACAAUCGUUUACGAAGCCUGGCUCGUAAUGGCUUUGCAGGAUUAAUCAAACUCAAGGAGCUUCACCUAGAGCACAACCAGCUGACAAAGAUUAAUUUUGCUCAUUUCCCUCGGCUAAUCAGCCUCCAGACACUAUUUUUGCAGUGGAACAAAAUUAGUAUCUUGUUAUGUGGAAUGGAAUGGACCUGGGACACAUUGGAAAAACUUGAUGUGACAGGAAAUGAAAUUAGAACAAUUGACCCUUCAGUUUUCAUUACCAUGCCAAACCUCAAGAUACUUCUGAUGGAUUCAAACAAGCUAACCAGCCUGGAUGCUCAGAUUGUUAACUCGUGGAAAUCUCUAACUCACAUUGGUCUUUCUGGCAACAUGUGGGCUUGUAACAAAAGUAUUUGUGCUCUGGCAUCCUGGAUAAGCAAUUUCCAAGGCCGAUGGGAGAACUCGAUGGUCUGUGCUGGCCCGGAACACACACAAGGCGAGGACAUCUUAGAUGCCGUUCAUGGAUUUCAAAUCUGCAGCAAUCUUUCAGCAGCCACCACACAAAUAACCACUGGCUAUACAGAUCCCACACGGGAGCCAGAAACAACCGAGUAUGUAACAAAAUUAACAUCCUUAGACUCCACUACAGAGGAUAUUGAAAAUCCAACUAUAGAAACAACUGCAGAAGACUUCUUUGAGCCCGAUAAUACUCUCUUUACACACAGGAUAAUAACUGGAACAAUGGCUUUAUUGUUUUCUUUUUUCCUCAUUAUCCUUGUGGUGUACAUUUCACGGAAAUGCUGCCCGCCUACCCUGAGACGUAUAAGGCACUGCUCCAUGAUGCAACACCGAAGACAAAUUCGCCAUCAAGCUAGGCAGCCGAUGGCAGAUUUAUCUACACAAGUACCCUAUAAUGAAUAUGAGCCCACCCAUGAGGAAGGCGCACUGGUGAUCAUAAAUGGUUAUGGACAAUGUAAAUGUCAGCAGCUGCCUUAUAAAGAAUGUGAAGUAUAAAUUAAUGAGCUCAUGUAACCAACAUACACAGUUUAAGAAAUGGGAUAUCUGUGAGUAAAAUGCUUUCAACUUUUAACUACAGAACUGAACUUUAAUAUUUUUUAUUUCCAGAAUAAAGUUACCAAAAUUCUGGCAGUGGUUCUCUUUCUCCAAACUGUACUUAAUGCUUUAAAUGAAAUUAAGCUUAAAUAUUUCAGUCUGGAUUUAGAAGUGGCCGUUCUAGUUAUUUAUUUUUCUAACUGGUAUUUUACCCGAUUGUGGCAGAAAUUACAAAGAGUUUUCACACAGAUGGUUAUGGCAAGUUAAAAAACAUUUAAAACUUCUUAAGCCUCUUUAAGAUAGACAGGUGUUAACAAUUUUGUCUUCUUUCAUCGUUGUCAGCAAUCAACCUUCAAAAAAAUUAAUAAGACCUUUAAAUAAACCAGCUGGUAUAUGUUAAAAUAUCAGGCUCAAUUUGAUGUUGUGCCCAUACUGUUAUUCAAGGUGGAAAUUAAAUUAAUGGCAAGUUGUCUUGAUUUUGAGAUUUAAAAACAAGUUUUCUGAAAGAGGCGAUGCUUUUGCUGGUUUAACAAUUCAACAGUUUACAACUGAGGUAAUUUAAGACUGUUAAUAGAUGCUUUCAUAAAAUGUGUUUGCAAAAUACUCAAUUGUAUAAUUUUCCUCAGUCUUGAAUAAAAAGAUCUAAAAGCUUAAAUACCAAGAUGAAAGGAUCAUAGGAUAUCACAACUAAUAUCAACUUCAAACUUUCAAUAGAAAUCAAUUUUAUGUUUGUAUUAUUGCUCUCAUAUUUAUGUAAAACAUUUAUUUGCAGUUUGGUAAAUGUCUAUAGUGAUCCAUUAAACCACUGCAUUCAGCAAAGCUGCAACGAUUAGGUUGAAGGCAUAAACUGCAAUUGGGACAGUUAACAUAUCAGCAAGCAGUAAAAUAGAAUUGUAUUUCAGUCUGGAUUUAGAAGUGGCCGUUCUCGUUAUUUAUUUUUCCAACGUAUUUUACCCGAUUGUGACAGAAAUUACAAAUAGUUUUCACACAGAUGGUUAUGGCAAGUUAAAAAAAAAAAUUUAAACUUCUUAAGCCUCUUUAAGAUAGACAGGUGUUAACAAUUUUGUCUUCUUUCAUCGUUGUCAGCAAUCAACUUUCAAAAAAAUUAAUAAGACCUUUAAAUAAACCAGCUGGUAUAUGUUAAAAUAUCAGGCUCAAUUUGAUGUUGUGCCCAUACUGUUAUUCAAGGUGUAAAUUAGAAUUAAUGGCAAGUUGUCUUGAUUUUGAGAUUUAAAAACAAGUUUUCUGAAAGAGGCGAUGCUUUUGCUGGUUUAACAAUUAACAUGUUACAUAAAUAUCAUGCCCGAUAAACAUAUUUU